UCUGUGUGCGUGUGCCAGGGGGGAGGGUGGUGUGUGUCCUGCGGGUCUCCGAAGAGGCGCUCCGGGAGAAGUGAGGGAUGAUGGAGAAGGGGGCAGAGAAAGAGCAGGAUUCGAUUCAGUCCCCUAGAGUAACUUUUGCGGGGUGGAGGCCCUACAGAAACCUCUAGGAGCCCUGGUAAAUACGUUGCGGUUUUGCAUUGGGCCGCUAAACGCGAGGUCAGCAGUUCGAAACCACCAGCUGCUCCUUUGGAAAAAGAAGAGGCCUGCUACUCUGUUUUUUUUUUUCCCUCCCACGACAUUUUUGAAGACCCCUCAUACCGAUGGCAAGGAACUGCUAGCAGGUAUUGUUUGUACUGACCAAAGGCAGGAUAGGAGAAGAGGGCCCAGGGAGAACGGAGCUGUGGAGUGUAACCCGGUCCUCCCAACAGAACAGACCCUUGGUGAUGUCCAGGGCUCCAGGAAGCGAUGUCUUUGUGGCUGGAGGCCCCUGUGCCCGCUGUUUCUCCUGACUCUGUGGCGGAGCUGUGGGAGCCAGGUGUGCAGGAUGCAAGUUGCCAGGCUCUGGGCCGGGCCCACUGCACCCUCAGAGAGGGAGCCGGAAUGCCCCAGCCCCCCCGGGCCACUUCAGGAGUGGGGCUGGGGGCAGCAGAACCCACAGCCCUGUUCCCCAGGGCAAAGGCCUUUCCAGGGUCCCCAGAGCUCCGCACGCCAAAGCGGAAAAAGGGACCGGCUCCCAAAAUGCUGGGCACGGAGCUGUGCAGCGUGUGCGGGGACAAGGCUUCGGGCUUCCACUACAACGUGCUGAGCUGCGAGGGCUGCAAGGGCUUCUUCCGCCGCAGCAUCAUCAAGGGGGCGCGCUACGUCUGCCACAGCGGCGGCCACUGCCCCAUGGACACCUACAUGCGACGCAAGUGCCAGGAGUGUCGGCUUCGCAAAUGCCGGCAGGCCGGCAUGCGGGAAGAGUGCGUGCUGUCAGAAGAACAGAUCCGCUUGAAGAAGCUGAAGCGGCAGGAGGAGGAGCAAUCUCAGGCCACGUCAUCUUCGUCAGUGCCGCAGAGGGCUUCCUCGCCCCAUCAGGCCCUGCCCCAGCUCAGCCCCGAGCAACUUGGCAUGAUCGAGAAGCUGGUGGCCGCCCAGCAGCAGUGCAACCGGCGCUCCUUCUCCGAUCGGCUUCGCGUCACGCCCUGGCCCAUGGCCCCAGACCCCCAGAGCAGGGAGGCCCGCCAGCAGCGCUUCGCCCACUUCACGGAGCUGGCCAUCGUCUCGGUACAGGAGAUCGUCGACUUUGCCAAGCAGCUGCCCGGCUUCCUGCAGCUCAGCCGGGAGGACCAGAUCGCCCUGUUGAAGACCUCGGCUAUCGAGGUGAUGCUUCUAGAGACAUCUCGGAGGUACAACCCUGGGAGCGAGAGCAUCACCUUCCUUAAGGAUUUCAGUUACAACCGGGAAGACUUUGCCAAAGCAGGGCUACAGGUGGAGUUCAUCAACCCCAUUUUUGAGUUCUCCAGAGCCAUGAACGAGCUGCAGCUCAACGACGCCGAGUUUGCUUUGCUCAUAGCCAUCAGCAUCUUCUCCGCAGACCGGCCCAACGUGCAGGACCAGCUGCAAGUAGAGCAACUACAGCACACCUAUGUGGAGGCCCUGCAUGCCUACGUUUCCAUCCACCACCCCCAGGACCGACUGAUGUUCCCACGGAUGCUGAUGAAACUGGUGAGCCUCCGGACACUGAGCAGCGUCCACUCUGAGCAAGUGUUUGCACUGCGCCUGCAGGACAAAAAGCUGCCCCCGCUGCUCUCCGAGAUCUGGGACGUGCACGAAUGACUGGCUCUGUCCCCACACCGUCUGUCUGUCUGCUGCAAUAGGCUCUCAGAGGACCCGUGGCAGCCACCUAGAGGUGGAGCUGACUGAGAUGGAUGGACAUUCUCAAGGGGUGGGAGGUGGGGGGAUGCCAGGGGAGGUCCCUCAUGGGGCAUUAAAGGAGAG